CCCAAAGCCAUUGCUACUCAACCCAUUCACUAGAGGCUUGAAGACUAUGUCGAAGAAGUUGCCGGCGAAAAGAUGGCGACAUCAGACCAUCUUUUCGUCGAUAACUUCUUCGACAUAGUUUUCAAGCCUUCGGUGAAUGGGUUGAGCAGCUAUGGCAUCGGGAGGAUGGAAGGAGAAUUUGCAGGAAAGGUUUUAGAAUAGAGAGCUUUUGAAUGCAGAGAAAUAGGGGUAAAUCAAAGAAGAAAAGGGGAUGAAGUUAUUGGUGUGAAUAUGAAGAAUACAAAGAAGGAAUUCAUGUUAAGGGUUUUGUGAAAAUCUGGAAAGUGGAAGCAGGGGAAAGUUGAAGAUGAGCAAAAUUGAGAUUUUAUGCUUUUAACUUGAAACGACGCCGUUUAAUAAUUCAAUCCGACAAAAAAUUAGCAAGACCGGCUGAGAUCCAGUUUCCC